CGGGGCCUCUGCACUACGGCCGCAUAGGCAAAAGCGAGUGGCGCAGCAGAGCAACGACUUCGAUCGAGAGAGAGAGUAAAGUUAGUUUAAUAACUCACCCUGAAGGACUUUUAAUCGCUGCUGGUGUUUAUAAGCUCCCCGUGUUGGAAGAUGUUGAGACUGUACCUCGCGCUGUUGUUCUUCGCGGCCUCUGUUUUCGCCGAGUCGGUACGAGAGACAGAAACACGGGUGCGUUCGAAGAAGGUGGGGUUGCAUGUUGUCGACAUGGAGUCAUCUGGCGAUUUUGAUUUUGCCAAUGAGGAACUUGCAACGAUUGAUGAUAAAGAUGAAGAUCAGGAUGAUGAUCAGAACUAUGAUGACUAUGAGGAGUCAGGCUCUGGUGUUGAAGAUGUGUUUGUAGACUCAUUUAUAACAUCUAAGCCUUAUCUGACCAAUAACUUCAUCCCUGAGGUUGAGCCUUCACAGCCACGGGCAGAGAAAGAUAAUGAAUUAGAGCUGGUGCAACAAAACGAGAUUGCUCAUUCAUUUGGCAUCCAACAUAACAAAGCAGAACAGAACAUUUUUAACAGGACAGAAGUUCUAGCAGCUGUUAUUGCUGGUGGUGCUGUGGGCCUGCUCUUCGCUGUCCUCCUCAUCCUUCUCCUAGUUUACCGCAUGAAAAAGAAAGAUGAAGGCAGUUACGACUUAGGCAAGAAACCAAUCUACAAGAAAGCUCCCACCACCGAGAUCUAUGCCUGAGUGUGCACACAUGCUCUCUCUAGCGAGAAAGAAAUUCUGAACUCUAAACUCACAUAGUGCCUCUGGAUACCCUGCCAUCCUCGCUCUCUUUUCUAUGAUUUUGGAAUGAAAAUGUGAUUUUCUCUGACUGAUCGUUUCAGUACAACUUCACAACUACAAAGUUAUCAAAAGAGGAGGUGCUCUGUUGCCAAACUGCACUGUAAAGGUUUCUGUGUUAUUGUUUUAUUUAUCUUUGGCUCACCUUUUUUGCCCAUGGAGAAACAUGUAUUUCCUUGCAUUUAAGCUUUGCUGGGUUGUAAACACUACAAAAUAGAAGGGACAUAGCAUUUGCAGGCUUAUGCUAUGCAUCAGAAGAUUUUAAAGCAGCCUAAACACAGACAUUUAUUUUGACACAUCUGUGCUGUUAUAGGGUAGGUGCUUUUGAGGGAAAUGUUACUGAAAACUUUUUUUUUUGUUUUUGUGCUGUUUAAAUUUGUCUGUUUUUAGUAGUAUCAGAUUGAUAUAGAACGUUUAGAAUAUGCUAUAAGGGUAUCUAUUGGUUUGCUAUUAAGAUGGUGAGAGCUCUAUUUAAAAGCCUCAGUGUGUUCAUCUUAUCACAAAGCUGGAUGUUUUUACUAGUUAUGUACAAUGAUAUCCGAGUCAUAUCAGUAUUGAAAAGACUGAUAUUUAAAGUUGAUAAUUAAAGAUUUAUUUCAUCCUGAAAGACUAAAAUAUCAGCAUUUUAAUCAUUUAACUGCAUUUGGAACCCUUAACUGAUUAAUGUAUUUGUAAAAACAUUUCUCUCAUUUACAGAUGUGUAUCCAAAAAUCCUUUCCACACAUUCCACAUAUUCACAUUAAAGUUUAAUUGUAAAUUAAUUGUAAAUAGGUUUAAGGCUAAGACCAAGAUAAGCAGUUCAUGAUUUUUUUGACAGCCAAGCCCCAGGCAUUAUUACUCAAAGAUGUUCUCAUAUUUAAGCUCAUUUAACAGGUACAGAAGGGUGUCUGCAAGAAAUGUAAUUUCCAGGGGUUUGUAUAUAGCCAUUUAAAUACAACGCUUUGGCAGACUUUUACCAAAUCUUUAAAUGCCAAUUUUUUUUCUUAGACUUUUUUUCCACUUUAGACUAUGUAAAGUUAACCUAGAGUGAUUAAGUUCUUCUUCUUCUUCUUAAUAAUAAUAAUAAUAAUAAUACAUUCCAACUUCAAAAUGGUGACCAAUGAUAAUACAAACUUUUCAUUAUCUGUAUUUCCAUUUUAAUUAACCUUUUACCUAUCACCUGUUUUUUAUUGUAUUUUUUCUUUACUUUUCUUAAUUUAACUGUCAGAUGGCCUUAUUUUAUUGCCUUCCUUCACGUCAGGGAUUCUCCCCCCUCAUUUCUUUGAUUUGACCAAAUUGAAAACUUCUGGAAUAUAAUCAAGAGGAAGAUGGAUGAUCACAAGCCAUCAAACCAAGCUCAACUGCUUGAAACUGUGCACCAGGAGUGGCAUAAAGUUAUCCUAAAAACUAGGAUUAUUCCACCAAUUAUUAAUUUCUGAUUUAUGAAUAUGAACCUGUUUUCUUUACAUUAUUUGAGGUCUGAAAGCUCUGCAUCUUUUUUGUUAUUUCAGCCAUUUCUCAUUUUCUGCAAAGAAAUGCUCUAAAUGACAAUUUUUUUGGAAUUGGUGAGAAAUGUUGUCCGUAGUUCAUAGAAUAAAACAACAAUGUUAAUUUUACCUAUACCAUAUACCUAUAAAUAGCUAAAUCUGGGAAACUGUUUUUUUUUUCUACAGAGGUGUGUGUGUGUGUGUGUGUGUGUGUGUGUGUGUGUGUGUGUGUGUGUGUGUGUGUGUGUGUGUGUGUGUGUGUGUGUACACAAUCGUAAGAGAUUUUCAGGAGAGAUUGGAAUCUUUUUUUAAUGUUUUGUAAAGGUGUCUGUUUCUUUUAGACCUUUUUAAGCAAAAAAAUAUUUAUGUUUUGUAAAAGGAUGCUCAAAGUAGUGCCAGUGUGAGUGAAGGACCCAUGUUCUCUGCAUGGGGGAAGUAAGAAAAUCUGCUGCUUGUUUCUACAUCACAUGAUGUGAAAUCACCAGUCUGAGAAACCAAUGGUUUCAUUGGUUUCUGCAUGCAGAUUCUAAUCUGAUUGGAAAUAAAGUUAUUAUGCACCAUG